UGUGUCCCCUCCUUUAUCGGUUGUUCUCCGUUUCUGCCUUCUUGUCGGGUACAGGCAAACACCGGGUGAUCUGCGAACUGCCAGGUGAAGUAGCAUACGGUCUGGUGGGCCCGUACUGGGGGACUUCAGGGAGCCGAGUGGAAACGGGGUUUCCUCUUUGAUUUUGGAACCCCCAUCUUCGAGGCGCAUCUUUGCCCUACAGCCCCGUCACCCCAUGGAUCGCCUAGCGCCUGCACUGGCCGCGGUCAUCUUGUUUUCCAUUCUGACGGCACAGCCUCACGCAUCGGAGCAAAGAACGGAGGAUAGCUGGUCCCACGGGACGCUGCCUCUGAGAUUCUGGGCAGAUCUGCCGGAGAUUCCCGAGAUUGUCGCAGAAUGGGCGUCCCUGGUUCCGCUUACCGUGUAUCUGUCGAACAUGCGGACGGCCUACGACCUGGCGGGGGAGAUCUCCCUCCGAGCAAGGCUUUCCCUGAGCAUAGUUCCUAAGUUGUGGGAGCUGGGCAGCAUCGCAAAGCUCCUCCGGGAACGGGAGGCCUUUCUGGACACUGCCAGCUCGGCGGGCGAUCCCCUGCGGGUGUACGAUGUCCAAUGGGGCAGUGUCUUUCCCUGUUAUAACAGCGCCGCGGCCGUCAGUGUCGCCGCGAGGGCAUCGCGCCAUGCAGGCAACACGCCGGAAAUCUCGCGGGAGGAUCUAAACGCCUGGAUCCUCCAGCACCAGAAGGAACUCGAGCAGCGGUUCCCUCUCGGCCCACGGUCCGAAUCCCGGGGUCCCGCGGGCGCCCGCAGCGAUGUGUACUGCGGUGAUGGAAUCGAGGACCUGGUGUAUCAGAAGCGAAGCUCCGGUCGGCCACAGCAGCUGAACGUCGUUUCCGUCUCACUGCAAGGGAAACGGGCUGGGGCGAAUGCGAUGCUGCAACGGACAGUGACGCAUCGCCUUCGGGUAGCCGCGAAGCUUGUCCUGGCCAUUGGGACAGGCGGCGUCUUGGCUAGUCUGGGGUGCAUUGGGACGGGGGUUCUCCUCCUGGUCGCGGGUGUUUCCAUCUUCUGUGCGGAGCACAUCGAGGUCAGAAGAUCGUCCCUGUACCUCCGCAAUCGUGAAACCCACCCCGGUUGCAUGUUGGUGGCGGCCCAUGAGAAUGCAACCAUCUGGACACUGUAUCUGGGUCACCGGGGCAUGAUUGACUCCUUGCUCAACAAGCCCAUGGUCGAGAUCAGCCGGGCGCACCCCCUCAUCCUGACUUGGUUCCGCUUCGCGGAGAUCCUGCAGGUCUUCGCCAUGACGUACGUCGCGGGGCAGAAAGGUUGGGAUGCCGUGUGCCUGCUGAUCGUGAUCUUGCUGUGGAGUCUCACCCGUCUCAACGCCCGCGACAGGCACGCCGCCGCCUGGCUGCGAGAGGAGGGGUUUGUCUCCACAGCCUUUCGGUGCGAGUUUCCCGGCCGUUCGGAGCUUCUCGGGGCCGUCCAGCUACUCAGCACCGAGAAUAGGACUCUUUGGAUGGAUGGAAUUCUGGCUCCCGUUCCGCGCCGCGACAUCUGGCUCCAGAAGGUUGGCGCCAUGGACCGCGCUCCUCAUGGGCGACAGGAAGGCCUGGAUUUGCUGGACGAUCACGACCGACGUUGGGUGAGAGGGACCGGCAUGCAGACGGUGGCCGGCUACAAUCUGAUCCGGAAGAGACUGGUGAGCCUCGGAAAUCUGUCGGGCUAUGAGGAAGAGGACGGGGUCCAUGGCCGGGGUCGCUGAGGCCAC